AGAUUUGUCUUUUUUUUAUAUAAAAAAACAGUUAUUUGUUGUUAAAUCUUUCUAAAGAUGGAAAGUUUUCAGACAAUUAUCGUCAUUACAACACAUCUGAUGAUGCUACUGAGUUCAGCAUCAGCAGCUUCGAAUGCGACAUCCUUAGUACCAGAUCGAGUGCACCAUGUGUUCCUCGUGCGAGAAUCCAUGUCAGAAAGUCCCGUCGAAGCCUCCACCAUCUCCACCGCCUCCGUCUCCACCGCCGCCUGCGGUUCCCAACCCUAACUACUGUCCACCGCCACCUUCUCCUCCCAGUUCCAGCGGGGGUGGAGGUGGAAACUACUACUACUCUCCACCUCCGCCAUCCCAAUCCAGCGGCGGAAACAACUACUACGCCCCACCUCCACCGAGUGGCGGCGUCAUCGGCGGCAUGUAUUACCCUCCGCCUACGUACAGAAACUACCCGACGCCGCCGCCACCCAAUCCUAUCGUCCCUUACUUCCCUUUCUACUACCACAUUCCGCCGCCGCCGUCGGGGGCUCAGAAUUUGUCGGCCUAUUGGAUUUCCACCUUGGUUUCUGUUCUGGGUCUUUUCCUUUUCUUCUUUUAGAUAUUGACAGAUCUGGGGAAAGUUUUAUGCAGCUGAG